AUGGCGGCCGUUUUGGAGUCGUUGCUGCGAGAGGAGCUGUCGGUCGCAGCCGCUGUGCGGUGGAUCGCGCGCAGCGCCCAGAGUUCGGAGGAUGACCCCGGGGAGGCGGCCGCGCUGAUCUCACUUCGGCCGCUGCGGAAGGAAUUCGUGCCAUUCNNGCUGAACUUCCUGAGAGAACAGAGCAGCCGCGUCCUCCCGCAGGGCCCCCCAACCCCCGCCAAGGCCUCGGGCUCCUCGGCAGCCUUGCCAGGGAGACCCGGGGGCCCGCCGCGGGGCGGCCGCGGGGCGCGCAGCCAGCUCUUCCCUCCGACCGAGCCUUCGAGCCCCACCGCCGCUGAGGCCCCUUCGGCCCGCCGUGGGGGCAGGAGGCGGGGCCCGGGGCCGGCCCGUGAGCGAGGAGGCCGCGGCCCCGGGGCCCUGGAGGAGGGGGUCAGCGGGGAGAGCCUGCCCUGGGCCGGGGGCCGGAGGCCCAAGAGCUCUGGCAGCCCCGGCAGCCCCAGCCUCCCGCGCUCUGAUCCGCCAAACCUCAGCAACCUGGAGGAAUUCCCUCCCGUAGGCUCGGUUCCCCCCGACUCUGCAGGGACCAAGCCUUCACGGAGGAUCAACCCAACUCCGGUGAGCGAAGAGCGGGCACUUUCCCAGGCCAAGACGUGCCAAAACCUGGUACCAAACCUCUUCUUGGAGCUUUUCUUCGUCCUUCAGCUCCUUACCGCCCGGAGGAUGGUGGCUGCCAAGGACAGUGACCUUGAACCAAAUCCAGGAGCCAUAGAUUCCCUGGAAAGCCCUCUGUUCCAGAGUGUCCAUGAUUGUGUCUUCUUUGCAGUGCAGGUUUUGGAGCAUCAAUUUCACGUUCUUUCCCACCUGGACAAAGGGACCUUGAAGCUGUUGGCUGAGAAUGAACGGCUACUGUGCUUCUCACCAGUUCUGCAAGGCCACCUGCGAGCUGCCUACGAGGGCAGUGUUGCCAAGGUCUCUCUGGCGAUGCCACCUUCUGCACAAGCUGUCUCCUUUCAGCCAGAAACUGACAAUCGUGCCAACUUCUCCAGUGAUCGAGCCUUUCAUACUUUUAAAAAACAGAGGGAUGUGUUUUAUGAGGUGCUUCGAGAGUGGGAAGAUCGCCAUGAAGAGCCUGGCUGGGAUUUUGAGAAGGGCUUGGGCAGCAGGAUCAGAGCCAUGAUGAGUCAACUCUCUGCAGCCUGCAGCCACAGCCAUUUUGUUCGACUUUUCCAAAAACAACUUCUCCAGAUGUGUCAGAGUCCUGGUGGUGCUGGGGGCACCGUUUUGGGCGAGGCUCCAGAUGUGUUAAAUAUGCUUGGAGCUGACAAGCUGGGGCGGUUGCGGCGCCUGCAGGAACGGCUUGUGGCCCCUCAGAGCAGUGGGGGGCCCUGCCCACCCCCCACCUUCCCAGGCUGUCAGGGCUUCUUCAGGGACUUCAUCUUGAGUGCCAGCAGCUUCCAGUUUAAUCAGCAUCUCAUGGAUAGCCUGAGUUUGAAGAUCCGGGAGCUCAACAGCCUUGCCCUGCCUCAGCCUGAGCCCAGUGAUGAAGACGGGGAAUCAGACGUGGACUGGCAGGGUGAACGGAGGCAGUUUGCUGUGGUGCUGCUCAGCCUGAGGCUUCUGGCUAAAUUCCUGGGCUUUGUGGCUUUCCUGCCAUACCGGGGGCCCGAACCACCCCCGACCCGUGAGCUCCAGGACACCAUUCUGGCCCUGAGGAGCCAGGUGCCCCCGGUCCUGGAUGUGCGGGCUCUGCUGCAGCAGGGGCUGCGGGCCCGCCGAGCAGUGCUCACGGUGCCCUGGCUGGUGGAGUUCCUUUCCCUGGCUGACCACAUCGUCCCCAUGCUGGACUAUUACCGCAGCGUCUUCACUGUCCUGCUGCACCUGCAUCGGAGCUUGGUCUUGUCAAAGGAGAGUGAAGGGGAGAUGUGUUUCCUGAACAAGCUGCUGCUGCUGGCUGUCCUGGGCUGGCUUUUCCAGAUUCCUACAGUCCCUGAGGACCUGUUCUUUCUGGAAGAGGGUCAGUUGGAUGCCUUUGAGGUGGACACUGUAGCUUCAGAGCAUGGCUUGGACAGCAUGCCUGUGGUGGACCAGCACCUGCUCUACACUUGCUGCCCCUAUAUUGGAGAGCUCCGCAAACUGCUCGCCUCCUGGGUAUCAGGAAGCAGUGGACGGAGUGGGGGCUUCGUCAGGAAAAUCACCCCCACCACCACCACCGGCCUGGGAGCCCAGCCUCCCCGGACCACCCAAGGGCUGCAGGCACAGCUGGCUCAAGCCUUUUUCCACAACCAGCCGCCCUCCCUGCGCAGGACCGUGGAGUUCGUGGCAGAGAGAAUCGGCUCGAACUGUGUCAAGCAUAUCAAGGCCACGCUGGUGGCAGAUCUGGUGCGCCAGGCAGAGUCGCUUCUUCAAGAGCAGCUGGUGACGCAGGGACAGGAAGGGGGAGAUCCAGCCCAACUGUUGGAGAUCUUGUGUUCCCGGCUGUGCCCUCACGGGGCCCAGGCAUUGACCCAGGGGAGGGAGUUCUGCCAAAAGAAGAGCCCUGGUGCCGUGAGGGCAUUGCUCCCUGAGGAGACCCCGGCAGCUGUUCUGAGCAGUGCAGAGAACAUUGCUGUGGGGCUUGCAACAGAGAAAGCCUGUGCUUGGUUGUCAGCCAAUGUCACAGCGCUGAUCAGAAGGGAGGUGAAAGCGGCUGUGAGUCGCAUGCUUCGAGCCCAGGGUCCUGAGCCAGCUGCCCGGGGGGAGCGGAGGGGCUGCUCCCGUGCCUGUGAGCACCAUGCUCCCCUCCCCUCCCACCUCAUCUCCGAGAUAAAAGACGUGCUCUCUUUGGCCGUGGGGCCCCGGGACUCUGAGGAGGGAGUUUCCCCAGAGCAUCUGGAGCAGCUUCUAGGCCAGCUGGGCCAGAUGCUGCGGUGCCGCCAGUUCCUGUGCCCACCUGCUGAGCAGCAUCUGGCGAAGUGCUCUGUGGAGUUAGCAUCCCUCGUUGUUGCAGAUCAAAUUCCUGUCCUAGGGCCCCCGGCACAGCAGCAGCUGGAGAGAGGGCAGGCUCGAAGGCUCCUGCUCAUGCUGGUUUCCCUGUGGAAGGAGGACUUUCAAGUGCCGGUUCCGCUGCAGCUGCUGCUGAGGCCAAGAAACGUGGGGCUUCUGGCAGCCACUCGGCCGAGGGAGUGGGACCUGCUGCUGUUCUUGCUCCGGGAGCUGGUGGAGAAAGGUCUGAUGGGACGGAUGGAGAUAGAGGCCUGCCUAGGCAGCCUCCAUGAGGCCCAGUGGCCAAGGGAUUUUUCUGAAGAAUUAGCAACACUGUUCAACCUGUUUCUAGCUGAACCUCAUGUGCCACAACCUCAGCUAAGAGCUUGUGAGCUGGUGCAGCCAAACCGGGGGACUGUGCUGGCCCAGAGCUAG